CGCCGUACGGUCCCCCCACCCCGCCUCGUCCCCGCCCCUCCCUGGCUCCCGCGGGCCCCCGGAGCUGUCCGCUCCCCGCAUGGCCUCCGCCCCGGAGGACCCGAUUCUGGAACGUUAUUUUAAAGGUCACAAAGCUGCGAUCACCUCCGUGGGCUUCAGCCCCAACUGCAAACAACUUGCCACUGCUUCUUGGGACACCUUUCUCAUGCUAUGGAGUUUGAAGCCACACACUAGAGCUUACAGAUAUGUCGGCCACAAGGACGUCGUGACCAGCGUACAGUUUUCUCCCCAGGGAAACUUACUGGCGUCAGCUUCACGAGACAGAACUGUUAGACUCUGGGUUCCUGAUAGGACAGGGAAGUCCUCUGAAUUUAAAGCGCACACGGCUCCGGUUCGAAGUGUGGACUUUUCAGCCGAUGGCCAGCUUCUGGUUACAGCUUCCGAAGACAAAUCUAUCAAAAUAUGGAACAUGUACCGCCAGCGCUUCCUCUACUCUCUGUACCGACACACGCACUGGGUACGCUGUGCCAAAUUCUCGCCCGAUGGAAGAUUAAUCGUGUCGUGUAGUGAGGAUAAAACUAUCAAAAUUUGGGAUACUUCCAGUAAGCAGUGUGUGAAUAACUUCUCAGAUUCCGUCGGAUUUGCAAAUUUUGUGGACUUUAACCCUAAUGGUACAUGCAUAGCCUCAGCAGGUUCUGAUCACACUGUGAAAAUCUGGGAUAUCAGAGUGAAUAAAUUACUCCAGCACUAUCAAGUUCACAGCUGCGGUGUGAACUGUCUGUCAUUCCAUCCUUUGGGUAACAGCCUGGUCACUGCCUCUUCUGAUGGAACACUUAAGAUUCUGGAUCUCCUAGAGGGAAGACUCAUAUACACACUUCAAGGACAUACGGGACCUGUCUUUAUUACAUUCUCAAAGGAUGGAGAGCUGUUUACGUCAGGAGGUGCGGAUGCGCAGGUCUUGUUGUGGAGGGCUAACUUUAAUCAGUUGCGCUGUAAAGAUCCUAAUAAAAGAAACCUCAAAAGACUGCAUUUUGAUUCCUCACCACACCUUCUCGACAUCUACCCGCGAUCACCACAUUCCCAUGGAGAGAAAAAGGAGACUGUUGAAAUUAAUCCCAAACUGGAGGUGAUGGAUUUGCAGAGCUGUUCUCCCCCUGUCGUGGACGUCCUUUCUUUUGAUUCUACCACAACAACGGAUUCCACUGGCCGAGCUGUACCAGAGAAGGGUGGAGACAUUUGUGGGUAUUUCUUGAACCCUUCCUUAAUACCGGAAUGCUCAUCAACAACUGUGAAAAAGAAAACAGAAGAUUUAAGUGACCUCCCCUCGGAAAGCCAAAGAAGUGUGCCACUGGCUGUGACUGAUGCUCUGGAGCAUAUCAUGGAACAGCUCAACGUUUUAACACAGACUGUUUCCAUUCUGGAGCAGCGACUGACUUUGACAGAAGAUAAGCUGAAAGGCUGCCUUGAGAAUCAGCAAAAGCUUUUCAGUGUCAUCCAGCAGAGAAGUUGACCAAGAAAGUGUGUGCGCACAGGCCAAUAAAUGAUGACACAUUCUCAUGCUCAGGCAGGCAGCAAAGGCGGUCCACCCCCACCAAGCACUAAUUAGCACAGCUUCUUCUCAGAGGGUGAGCGACAGAACAAAAGGUUGAAGCCAUUUUUCAGAACCAACUUAAACACAUAAAUCAAUGUCAAGGAUCAAUUUAAGCUCCUCCCAGUUAUAAUUGCAGUAAUAAAAUUAUAAGGCAUUUAAAUCACCCCAUUCCCCCCCCCCACACACACACACACACACACACGUGCACUCAUAUUAUUUGAAAUGUCAGCUUUUAUUUAAAGUGCAAAUCCCCACCAGGAAAGUAACCAGACCUCAAGAUUUCAUUGUUAAAUUAUUUCGAUUGACCAUGUUCAGGCAAUUAAUUACCUGAAGAUAAUUAAUGUAUUUCUUAGGUGAACACACCCUUGGUGUGAAAUCAUUCACUUCCUUUUGAAUAGCAUCUGAAAUGUAGAAAAUGCAUUAUUGAGCUGGCUCAUAUUUCUUUCAGGUCAGAAAAACUACACUCUUACUAAUGCCUUGAAAAGAUGCUCCCAGAGAGUUUCCACAGCCAGAAUAAGCUUAUCUUGAUUAGCAACGGUGCAGAGCAGGAGUUUUCCUUGUUUGCUGGGAGUGAGAACCAUGUGAAGCAUGAAUUACAGGUGGACACGCUGAGUGGUCUGGGUCAUACUGAACUUCAUGAUCCAAGUUCACAGAGAUUAUGUUUGUGUGAUUUCAGUGUGCUAAAAAGGCAAAAUGAUGAACAAUACAUACUCAAGUA